AUGUUAAAUUUAUAUAAUUUAACAAAAAGAACAGUUCACAGUCAAGUGAUCAAUUCACUUAGAUCAUCAUCAACAUCUAUAUCAUUGUUGAAUAAUCAAAAUAACUCCUCUUAUAUUUCAUCAUCAUCAUUUUCGAAAAAGAGUAAAUCAAAGAAACAAAAAGAUAAAGAUGAAGAUGAAGAUAAUGAAGAUAAUGAAGUAGAUACUGGUUCAAAGAAAUCCAAAAAGGGAUCUGCUACUGCUACGACAUCAUCAUCAAAGUUGGAAGCAACCAUGAAAGAGAUUGAACAAACAUUUGGAAAGGGAACGCUGAUGAAAUUGGGUUCACAAUUUACACUUAGUAAAGUAGAUGUCAUUCCAACAGGUUCAUUGGGUCUUGAUGUUGCAUUGGGUGUUGGAGGUUUACCAAAAGGUCGUAUCAUUGAAAUAUUUGGUCCAGAAAGUUCAGGAAAGACAACAUUGGCAUUACAUGUAAUUGCACAAGCACAAAAAGUAGGAGGAAAUUGUACAUUUAUUGAUGCAGAACAUGCAUUGAACCCAAGUUGGGCACAAAAAUUGGGUGUCAACUUGGACGAGUUGUUUGUGUCACAACCAGAUUCUGGAGAACAAGCUCUGGAGAUUGUAGAUUCACUGUUGAGAAGCAAGACUAUGCAAGUGAUUGUUGUAGAUAGUGUUGCUGCAUUGGUACCACGGGUCGAGUUGGAUGGAGAGAUGGGAGACUCUCACGUUGGUGUACAUGCAAGAUUGAUGAGUCAAGCUCUACGUAAACUAUCGCCAUCACUCAAAGAAAGCAAUUGUGUUUUAAUCUUUAUCAACCAAAUUCGUAUAAAGAUUGGUGUUAUGUUUGGUAAUCCAGAGACUACUACUGGUGGUAAUGCCCUCAAAUUCUUUUCAAGUGUCAGAUUGGAUAUUAGAAAGGUUGGUGCCGUUAAAAAGGGUGACGAAACCAUUGCCACACAGGUCAAGGUUAAAGUUGCCAAGAACAAGUUGGCACCACCCUUUAGAGAGGCUAUCUUUGACAUUGACUUUGCUAGUGGUAUCAACAAAACUGGAGAGAUUAUCGAUAUGGCUCUCCUCGAAGGUAUCAUUGAAAAGGGUGGAAGUUGGUACAGUUACAAUGGUGAACAAUUGGCACAAGGUAGAGAAAAGACAAAACAACAUCUUGAAGAAAACAGACCACUCCUAGAAGAAAUUGAAACAAAACUACGUCAACGUCUUGUUAAAGGUCCAACUCGUCAAGAUGAUGAUAAUGAUGAUAAUAUUGAUGAUGAAUCGGCCGAUGUAUAUAAUGAAGAUAAUAAUACUGAUGAUCUUCAAACUAUAUUUUUGUGUAGUUUGGUUGCAUUAAAAGAAUAG